AUGGAGCAAUUUCGAGAGAUAGGAGAGGUAUUAGGAAGCAUAAGAGCGUUAAUGGUGUUCAAGGACAACAUUCAAAUCAACCAGCGUCAAUGCACCCUAUUACUCGACCUCUACACCGCCACAUACGAUUCACUUUCCGAAUCUAUGCGAUCGAACCUACGCUUCGAGGAGAAGAACAGUAAAUGGAAGAUUCUGGAACAGCCCUUGAGGGAGCUUCUAUGGGUGGUACGAGAAGGGGAGGCUUAUGUCAGAAUGUCUUUAGAGCCUAAGCUUGGGUUUUGGGCUAAAGCUAUUGUGUUACAACACAGUAGAGAUUGCACAGAGCAUCACAUCCAUAACCUGCUCUCUUGUGUACCGACCAUCAUCGAGGCAAUUGAGAUGGCGAGUGAGGUCACAGGGUGGGAUGAAGAAGAGAUGAACAAGAAGAGGCUGGUGCAUUCUAACAAGUACAUGAAGCAGUGGAACGACUCUCAGAUGUUUACCUGGAAGUUCGGGAGAGAGUAUCUGGUGACCGCGGAUUUCUGCAGUCGGUAUGAGAGUGCUUGGAGAGAGGACAGGUGGAUUCUGUUGAAGGAGCUCCAAGAGAAAACGAGUCCCGGUUCAAGCAAACACGAUAGGAAGAUGGCAGAUUUCCUUUUGAAGAACUCGGGAGAUGGCAAAGAAAGCCCCAAGCUUCUAUUCCCUUCUUCUGUCCUGGUGAGCACGAAGGAUUACCAAGUGAAGAAGAGAUUAGGGAAUGGGAGUCAGUACAAGGAGAUCACCUGGUUAGGGGAGAGCUUUGCGCUUAGGCAUUUCUUUGGGGAUAUCGAUGCUUUGCUUCCUCAGGUUACUCCACUGCUCUCUCUUUCACACCCAAACAUUGUAUAUUACCUCUGCGGAUUCGCGGACGAGGAAAAGAAAGAGUGUUUCUUGGUCAUGGAACUGAUGAGUAAAACCCUCGGGACGCACAUCAAAGAGGUAUGUGGUCCGAGGAAGAAGAACACUCUGUCCCUCCCUGUCGCGGUUGAUCUCAUGCUUCAGAUAGCUCGGGGUAUGGAAUAUCUCCACUCCAAGAGAAUAUACCACGGAGAGCUGAACCCAUCUAACAUUCUUGUCAAACCAAGAAGAAACAACCAAUCCGGGGAUGGAUAUCUUUACGGGAAGAUCUUCGGGUUCGGGUUAAACUCUGUCAAGGGCUUCUCUUGUAAAAGUAGUGCUUCUUCUUCGACGGGUCAGAAUGAGGAUUUUCCGUUCAUAUGGUAUUCCCCGGAAGUGCUAGAGGAGCAAGAACAGAGCGGAACUGCAGAAAGCAGCAGCAUCAAGUACAGUGAGAAAUCCGAUGUGUAUAGCUUUGGGAUGGUUUGCUUUGAGCUUCUAACAGGUAAAGUACCGUUUGAGGAUAGCCACCUGCAAGGAGACAAGAUGAGUAGAAACAUUAGAGCCGGUGAGAGACCUCUUUUCCCGUUUCACUCACCAAAAUUCAUAACAAACCUGACAAAAAGAUGCUGGCAUGGUGACCCUCGGCAGCGUCCAGCUUUCUCGUCGAUAAGCAGAAUCCUCCGAUACAUCAAACGGUUUCUCGCCUUGAACCCGGAAUGUCACGGUAGCAGCCAGCAAGACCCGCCCGUUUCUCCUCCCGUGGAUUACUGCGAGAUUGAGAGUAAGCUGCUGCGGAAGCUCUCAUGGGAAUGCACAGAGUUGCAUCAGGUUCCUUUUCAGAUGUUUGCAUACAGGGUUGUGGAACGGGCAAAGAGCUGCAAGAAAAGCAAUCUCCGAGAGACAUCAGAAUCGGGUAGUGAAUGGGCUUCGUGUAGCGAGGAUGAGGGUGGGGCUGGAUCAGAUGAGUUUAUCAGUGUGUCAUCAUCUGACAAGGAAAGGAGGCUCUCAAGCUCAAGGAAGCCUGUUUCAAAACUUGCGAAAAGAGCUUCUGUCCUGAAACCAAUUCAAAAACCAAAUUUGUGUUCAGCAACUCCGAGAGGACGAUCACGGCAUCCCCCACUGAGCCCUUGUGGGCAAAGCAUGAGAACCAACUCCGAGAGUCAACUGAUAUUGAUGAGCCCAAAGAUACGAAGAUCCAACUCAGGACAUGCCUCCGACUCUGAGCUUUCCUAG